GAGGAGAGGACGAGGAGGCGCCUCCCGCCGCAGCGGAACCAUUCACUCAUUCAGUCAGUCUGUCAUUCAUUCAUUCAGUCGUACUUAUUGAGCGCCUACUGUGUGCAGAGCACUGGGCUAAGCGCUCGGGAAGAGCAGCGGCAGCAGGGCCGGCCGUGCCCGCCCUCCUCAUGCUCGCCCGGGGCAUCCCGGCGCUGCGAGGCCUCCACAGAGCCGGCGGUUCCACGUUCCUACUAAGAAUGACGCUAGGACGAGGCAGCCCGGCCAGCCUCCAGGUGAUUUCUUCCCGUUCGGCGGCCAGCGGGAACUUCUUAAAAUGGGACCUCACCCCUGAGCAGAUCGAGGCCAGAACUGAAGCCCUGAUUGUGCAGACCAAGCGGGUGUACGACACCGUUGGAAGGCUGGAUAUCGACCAAGUCACCUAUGAAAACAGUUUACAGGUGUUGGCGGAUCUGGAGGUGAAGUAUGCAGUGGAAAGGAGCAUCUUGGACUUUCCCCAGCACGUCUCCCCCGACAAGGAUGUGCGAUCGGCAAGCACGGAAGCAGAUAAGCGACUUUCCAGUUUCGACGUCGAGAUGAGCAUGAGAGAAGACGUCUUUAAGAGGAUUGUUCAUCUUCAGCAAACGUGUGACCUCGGGAAGGUGAAGCCCGAAGCUAAGCGCUAUUUGGAGAAGUCCAUUCAGAUGGGGAAGAGGAACGGCCUCCAUCUGUCGCCCGAAGUGCAGAGCGAAAUUAAAUCGAUGAAGAAGCGGAUGAGUGAACUUUGUAUAGACUUCAACAAAAACCUUAAUGAAGAGAACAGCUUCCUCACGUUCUCCAGGGAUGAACUUGGUUCUCUUCCUGAUGAUUUCAUCGACAGCUUAGAAAAGGUGGAAAAUGGCAAAUAUAAAGUUACCUUGAAAUAUCCCCACUACUUUCCGGUCAUGAAAAAGUGCUGCGUCCCAGAAACCAGAAGGAAGAUGGAGCUUGCUUUUAACACCAGGUGCAAAGAGGAGAACACCAAGAUCCUUCAGCAGUUGCUUCCUCUCCGCGCCAGGGUAGCAGAGCUGCUUGGCUACCACUCCCACGCCGACUUUGUUCUGGAGGUGAACACCGCGAAGAGCACCAGUCGUGUCGCUACCUUCCUGGAUGACUUAAGCAAGAAGCUCAAACCUUUAGGGGAGGAGGAGCGGCAGCUGAUCUUGGAGCUGAAGAAGAAGGAAUGUGCAGAGCGGGGCUUGGAAUACGACGGGAAAAUCAACGCUUGGGACCUGCAUUAUUACAUGACCCGGGUGGAGGAACGCAGGUUCUCCAUAGACCAGGAGCAACUGAAGGAGUACUUCCCCAUCGAAGCGGUCACGGAGGGCCUGCUGACCAUCUACCAGGAGCUGCUGGGGCUGUCUUUCGAGCGCGUGGCCGACGCCGGCGUUUGGAACGAGAGCGUUACCCUCUACGCCGUGAAGGAUAAGGCUUCGGGGGAGACCUUAGGACAGUUUUACCUGGACCUCUACCCAAGGGACGGGAAGUACGGCCACGCGGCCUGCUUCGGCCUCCAGCCCGGCUGCCUCCUUCCCGACGGGAGCCGCCUGAUGUCCGUGGCCGUCCUGGUGGUGAACUUCUCGCAGCCGGCCGCCGGCCGCCCCUCCCUGCUGCGCCACGACGAAGUGAGGACCUACUUCCACGAGUUUGGCCACGUCAUGCAUCAGAUCUGCGCCCAGACCGAUUUUGCUCGCUUCAGCGGCACGAACGUGGAGACGGACUUCGUGGAGGUGCCUUCCCAGAUGCUGGAGAAUUGGGUGUGGGACCCCGAGUCCCUCCGCCAGCUCUCCAGGCAUUACAAGGACGGCAGCCCCAUCCCAGACAACCUCCUGGACAACCUCGUGGCAUCCAGGCUGGUCAACACAGGGCUGCUGACCCUGCGGCAGAUUGUUCUGAGCAAAGUGGAUCAGUCUCUUCAUACGAACACAUCGCUGGACUCCGCGAGCGAGUACGCCGAGCUCUGCCUGGAGAUCCUCGGGAUUUCGGCAACUCCAGGAACAAAUAUGCCGGCGACCUUUGGACAUCUGGCAGGCGGCUACGAUGGCCAGUAUUACGGAUACCUCUGGAGCGAAGUGUUUUCCAUGGACAUCUUCUGUAGCAGCUUCCAACGAGAAGGAUUGACGAAUCCCGAGGUGGGAAUGAAAUACCGAAACCUCAUCCUGAAACCCGGGGGAUCCGUGGACGGCAUGGACAUGCUUCGGAAUUUCUUGAGCCGCGAGCCAAACCAGAAAGCGUUCUUAAUGAGUAAAGGAUUGCACGCCGUGUAGACCUGGGAUUCUUUUGUAGCAGCCCCUGUCUGAUGGACAGCCUGGCCGGAGGGAGUUUGGCAGCCCGAAGAUCAGGGUUGGCUGGUUUCGUCACGGUGUGUUCUUUUUUUUAAAUUCGUUUUUAAAGCUGAAUGGCCAGAAAGCUAUCACCCCAGGACGGACCCGGAAGAAAUCUGUUGUGCUUUAGAAGCACACGUAAAUGUCGUGGUGGAUUUUUUUAAAUAUAUAUAUAUAAAUAUACAUACAGAAAAUUUGA